UUUCGGCCGACCGAGACAUGACCGGUUACUACAACCCGAUUAAUUUCAGUCCCCACCAUCAUCAUCUACUAUGAUUGUCCCUCAGGAGAUACUGGAAGAAAUUCUUGACUAUCUUCGCUUCGACUUUCGCUCUCUCAAAGCAUGUUCAUUAACUCAUUCCGACUUUCUUCCUCCCAGUCGCAGGCUCCUCUUUAUGACCGUGGAAAUUCGUCACGAUUGUCACCUCAUUGACAGUUGUCUCAAGCUUCAAAGUAUAUGCCAGCAUCGAUUCGCCACCUGAUCUUAGAUUACUGGUGUCUGGAGGAGCAAACUGGUAACCAGUGCAUGUUUCUCUCCCUCUUGCAGCUCCUUCCCAAUCUUCAGCAGGUCCAAAUGCAAUUUUCACUGACAAAGGCGAUGAUGCUCAACGUUGGCUCCUUUCCUUCGCCCUUUUCAAUUUCCAGUGUUCGACAUCUCAUUCUGAAUGAAAUGGAUUUCGACACCAUCGCUCAUUUAUAUUCCCUAUUCUCCUGCUUCGAACAGCUUGAGACUAUCGCCAUGAGUAGAAUAAUCAUCAAGGACAUCAGCUUUCCGAACCAUCUAGCACCGUCUCAUCGAUGUUACCCAUCCACACUGGAUUUAGAACUGAACGGUUCCAUCAUCGAGCAUUUGUUCUCCCCACAGUCUACAAUAUCUUUAAGCAGUCUACGUAUUCUCAAGGUCGUAGCAGUUGAUGCGGAUGUCUUCACUGUAGCAUCCCUCCUUUCUCUCGUCAACUCUUCUUUAGAGAGUUUGACGUUGCGUCUUGAAUGUUGGAAGUACCCCGCUGGGAGCCCCAUUGACUUACGGCAGCUGAGACACCUUCGUAACUUCUCAACCUGCCUGCGCUUUUACAGUGCGUUGGAACCGGUCGACGCUGUGGAACGAUGGCCAUCUCCACUGGGGCACCGGUUCUUCGAGACAAUUCCAUGCAGUGUGGAAGAUAUAUAUAUCGAGGUUGCCGUCAGCCCCUUCGACACGAGUCUGUUGCCAAAAUAUCGAUCGGAUUGGCAAGAGCUAGAUCACAUCCUCGCUAGACAUCCACUACGGUUCACAGUCCGACUUGGGAUAUACAUCGAUUAUGGCCUUGCAGAGUCAGAGUAUGAAGAAUACUUUGAUACUCAGUGGUCAGCUUACGGCGGUAUGGAAGAAUAUUUUCCCAAUUUUUUGCGGUUUGAAUGCAUGCCCGAAAUGAACAAACUAGGGCGUGUGGAUUCUAGGAUUGUGAAGGGCGAAAUAACUCUUCCUCCUUAUAUUUUCUAUUGAAUCGGGCGGGAAUAUAUUCAAUUUUUGACUGCUACUACUGGAGUGGCAGAUCUCAGUAUGGCUAUCUGUGGCCAGUUGCCACAACACCCGAUGCUUUGUGAACAUUUCACUUGGGAAUCUGAGAUCUGAGGGCCUAGCUAGUUGGCACGCCGUUGCUGCAUGUCGCCCUCACCAAUGGCAUCGAGAUCUGUG